AGGCCUCCAUUUUCUCACUCUCCUUUUCAAAAAUUAGGGCUCCUCCCAAAGUUUAGGGUUCUUGGCGCAAUGUCUUACGACGAUGUAGAGAUCGAGGACAUGGAGUGGAACGAAUCGCUCACGGCGUACACCUAUCCCUGCCCUUGCGGCGAUCUCUUCCAGAUCACAAAGGCGGAGCUCAAGAUCGGCGAGGAGUUCGCGAGGUGCCCAAGCUGUUCGCUUUAUAUCAGAGUGAUCUACAACGCGGAGGAUUUCCAGGAGGAGAAAACUCCCAUGAAGAAGAGCGCGCCAGUUCUUGUAGCAUCUUAGCGAUCGAAGCCUCUCUCUCCUGUGAGUUCUUAGAUCGAUCACAGCAUUUUGUCUAGUGAGAUCAGCUUAGUUCUAGCGGCAAAACUAGAUUUUGUUAGAAGUUUCACAGUGGAACACGCUAGAGAAAGGAAGAUCUUUUCGCUCGCUUCUCUAGAGAGAUCGAUCGCUUUAA